ACACCAGACAUGUCAGUCAUCUUUAUUGAUAGCCUGCCUCUCAUGCGUGCAGUUUCAUAAUGGAGCCAUCAGGGGGAGGGACUAAUGCAGACACAAAAGCCUGAUGGAGCUGCCAUAUGUGACAGAAAACAACAGAGGAGCGUUUUGUGCCUGAACUGCAGCCAUGAGGAGGGACAACCGACUGUAAGGAACCGAUGCAAGUUUAUCAUCAGAUCUUUAUGACAAGUGACGACAUCAGGGUUGGACUUGCUGAUUAAGAGAAGAAGACCUGGAUAGACGGGCUCCAGUGGUGCGCAUCAAGGAGAUAAAUCACAUCAAUGAAGACGCCUGGCAUGGCGGUAUUCAAACAACAAAAUGUGGACGAUUUCUAUGAAAUUGGAGAAGAACUAGGAAGUGGGCAGUUUGCAAUUGUCAAACGCUGCAUAGAGAAGAGCACAGGCGUUGAGUAUGCAGCCAAGUUCAUCAAGAAGCGUCAGAGUCGGGCCAGCAGACGUGGCGUUAAAAGAGAGGAGAUCGAGAGGGAAGUGGACAUCCUGCAGCAGCUCCAGCACAACAACAUCGUAUCACUACAUGACGUGUACGAGAACCGCACAGACGUGGUGCUCAUCCUCGAACUGGUGUCUGGAGGAGAGCUGUUUGAUUUCUUGGCUCAGAAGGAAUCUCUCAGUGAAGAGGAGGCCACUCAGUUUAUCAAACAGAUCCUAGAUGGAGUCCAGUACCUCCACUCCAAGAGGAUUGUGCAUUUUGAUCUAAAGCCUGAAAACGUAAUGCUGCUGGACAGGAACCUUCGUCUACCUCGCAUCAAAAUUAUAGACUUUGGACUGGCACACAAAAUCGAAGCUGGGGCAGAUUUCAAAAACAUUUUUGGGACCCCUGAAUUUGUCGCUCCAGAGAUAGUCAACUAUGAGCAACUGGGAUUGGAGGCAGACAUGUGGAGCAUCGGAGUCAUCACGUAUAUACUUUUGAGUGGUGCAUCUCCUUUUCUCGGUGACACGAAGCAAGAAACGUUGGGAAACAUCUCAGCGAUGGACUACGAGUUUGACCAAGAGCUCUUCAGUAAUACAAGCGAGCUGGCCAAGAGCUUCAUCAGUCAGCUCCUGGUGAAGGACACAAGAAAACGGAUGACAAUACAAGAGGCCCUCAACCAUCACUGGAUUAAGUCCUGCGACUACAUGGAAGAGGAAAGCACUGCCCCUGAGGCUGAGAAGAAAGUGGAGCAGCUGAAGACGAAGCGGCUAAAGGAGUACACCAUCCAGUCCCAUUUCAGUAUGCCCCAGAACAACACGUACGCCAACUUUGAGCGUUUUGCACAUGUGGUGGAAGUCAGUCUGAUGGAGACGGAGCUGUCAGAGGUUUCAGAAGCACGGCACGCUCUGCAGGGUGAUGUUGAAGCACUCCUCUCCAUCUACAACGACAAGGAGGCCUGGUACAAGGAGGAGAGUGAGACUGCGAGGAAGCAGCUUUCUCAGGUCCACUAUGAGUUCCGUAAAGUGCAGGCAACCAGGAGGCUGCUGCAGGAGGACGUGAAGAUAAUCGAUGCCAGCCUGGAGAGCAUCAGUGGGAAGUACAGCCACAGGCAGACUCAGCUGGACGCUCUGAGGCAGGAGCUGAACUCUGAGCUGCAGUGGCUGCAGGAGGUGAUGAGCUCUCUGCACCCUGAAGGAGCCAACGACAGCAUCCUCAGCAGCAGCCUGAACACGGAUGUGAGGCAGGCGCUGCUGCACCAGUCCUGCAGGAGGCAACUGCAUCCUGAGGACAAACAGCCAGUCACAGAGUCUGACUAACUUACACAAAGGAACACUUACUUGUAUUGACCUUAUACAUCCUAUGAAAAUGUUCAACAUCUUAGCUGCACAAAGGUUUGAAUGUAUAUUUGAAUGUAGUCUUUACAUUUUCUUUCUUUAUAUCUAUAUUUUUCUUGAUUGAACUCUGUGGUACAAUACUUUUUAAUUAAAAUAACUGUAAGAGUAGGGAAAUGAAUAUGAGGAAAUACACUUUUACAGAUACGCAGUUUUGCUUAGAGGUAGAUGUAAAGAUGGAUGGCACUUUUGUAUCUGUUCAGUAACUAUGAAGGUACAAGCAGGAGAUGAUAAUCUUUGCUUUGCUCAAAUACUUAAAAUGGGGGGAAACGGCUAGCCUUGCUCUGACUAUAUGUGAUACUUACUGAAAAUGAUGCUCUAAUUUGAUUGAGCAGGUUUGUAGUAAUACAUAUUAGUCAUGAAUGUGUUUACUGUGAAAGGGCCAGAGGAGGACAAAGGAUUUCACAGCAAUUUUUUAUUGAAUUUAUCAAAAGGGAUUUUUAAAAUUGUAUUCCAAUUAUAGGACUGUGUAUUUAUUUGUUUAUUGUCUAUUUCACAAAACUUAUCAAUUUGUAAAGUUAAAUGUGUGUUUCGUUUUUGUUUUAAGAUUAUUGUAAUGGAUGUAAUGUGCACUUUUACUAAUGAUUGAGUUUAUUUAUUUCUAAAACCUUUUGUACUUCUUUCUUGGAAAUGUUUUAUGAGCAAACAGGAAAUACAACAUCUUGAUAAGACAACAUGUGUUUCUCAAUGUCUCACGUCUUUAUAAGUGUCGUCAGAUGUUACAGUUUUUGGACUUUGAUGUGCACACUGACAUUUUUCAUUGUUGUCUAAAAAAAGAAAAUAAAUUCUUUGUAUAA